UUAUUUCGUCUGAUGUUCACUCGAACGGUUGAAAGGUAAGUCAAAAUCUACACAACAUUAUUUCUUAGUUUUAGCAAUUAUUUGUAGUUAAUCGAAACAUCCGACGAAACGUUUUUCCGAUAUGUGAGAGAUCACUUGCUGCUGAAAAAACAAAAGUGGUCAACUGCUUUCCGACAAUCAGCGACGCUACUUCAACAAAAUAAUACCAACUUCGUUGAGAUAACUCAUCAAAUUUUGAAGAUGCAUAAAUUGAAUCGAAAAACACCUGUGUUGAGAUCUAUAUUCAGUGUGCUACUUCGCACUGGAUAUUGGAUGGAAGCACGACUUCAAAAGUAUACAUCAGACUGUCUCAAAAAUGUAAAUAUCGGUCGGGAGCCACAGGUACGUCAUCUUCAGGAACGACUGACACCAGCUGCAUGUCAACUACUGAAGCGGCACUUGCGCACUCCUAUAACUGAGGUUGUAAUGUCCGUUGAUUUGUUCACGGCUGUUGACGCAACAGGCAUUUACACGGUCAACCGUAAUACCAUCCAGUGUUCUUGUAGUUUUCAUAUUGAAAACGGAAUGCCAUGUCGUCACAUAUUGGCCUACUGCACACACAGUAAUACUGAUGUGAACAUACAGUCAAUUUGUGACAGGUGGUUGCAGUCGGAUAGUUACCUAACCAAUAUUGCUAUUGAGAAUUGUUUCCCAGUGCAAUUACGACAGUCAAGCGUCAAGAAAUCGGUGUAUGCUUUAGUCAGGCAAAUGUCGGAAGAACAAUGCAGUUUGGUCUAUAAGCCUUUGUCUCGUUCUCUAUCAUUUAUGGCUUGAUUAUGUAUAGAAUAGAAGUUCCUAUUUGGGGUGUGUCGUGGCCUAAUAAUUCAUGUAUAUAAAGUCAUGAGUGAGUUUGAGUUAUGAUAACUACUUCCCAACCUCAUCUUUUGAUUGGCCACUUACAUAUUAGAGCUG